AUGAUGUACAGGGAGGAACUGGAGCACUACGCCCCGAAGGUGAACUACGUGGUGAAAACUAUUCGGAAACCCGUGCCAGUACCGCAUCCAGUGCCGAAGCCAUACGUGGUCCCAGUACACAAACCGCUGCCUUUAUACAAACCUAUCCCUGUACCUAAGCCAUAUCCGGUGCCACACGUUAUCCCACAGACGUACCCUGUGCAUAAGGAGGUCCCAGUCCCCAAAGAGGUACCUGUGGCGGUUCCAUAUGAAGUGAAGAAGCCGUACCCUGUGCCUCAUGUAGUUAACGUACCCAAGCCGUACGUUGUACACGUACCUAAGCCAUACGUUGUCGAGCAGCCGUAUAAGGUGCCACUCCACGUUAAGAUUCCCCAGCCAUAUGUUGUUCCUGUCCACAAACCCUACCAAGUACCAGUAACGAAACCUUAUCCCGUUGAAGUGCCCGUAGUCAAAGAAAUUCCUGUUGCUAUUAAGAAACCUGUGCCUAUACCCAUUCACCGUCAUCAUGGACAGCACAAGGUUUAGGCGAGACUAAAAGCACCAACACGUUUAAUGAAGAUGGAUCCGGGUAUGCCUAACUUGUACAUCCAACAAUGUACAUAAGCAAUAAACAUCUAGACUAUGUCUAAAAUGUAUAUUUUGUAUUACUAAUCAGGAACAACAAAAGUAGACAGUUGCUAAUUCUUGACGCUAUUGAAACUAACUAGCUAAAUCAGUUAAGAAUACCAGUAAUUUUCUUUAUAUUGUAACCCAGCUUCCGCCCGAUAUUUAACUACUGAGAAAGAGAUCAUUACAUAAGUCGUAAAGUCCAAUGUUUUUAUGCUUGCGUAGUAUGCUCAGCAAUUUUCUUGAUAUUGUAAGCGAGCUUUCGUCCAAUAUUUAACCACUGAGAAGGAGAUCAUUACAUUAAGUCGUAAAAUCCAAUGUUUUUAUACUUGCGUAGCAUGCUCAUCGUCUGUACAUUAAGCUUCUUAUGUAAAUAUGGACAUUAUAAUACAAUUGCCUCAUAAUAAGAGUAAACAUCUCGCGACAGAGUUGUAUUAAAACUUAAAAUCCACCUUAAAGCUUAUGUCUUAAAAUAAAAUAGCAACGACAAGAACACAGAUCAGAUAUAACAUCGUCAAUAUAGUUUUGUUUCUUAGCUGCUGUUGUUCCUUUGUUCUUGGGCUCGGUCCUUGGUGGAAUCUCCGCUCGAUUUUU